CCAAAGAAACUGCCUAGAGACUGUUGCCAGACCACCAGGGGGAGAGGACACUGUGAGGCAGAGACCACGGAAGAUCUAGAGAGACCAAGAGAGAAGUACCAAUGUCAUCACAGAACAUGGGACAAUUGAAGAAAUACUGCAGUGAUGCCUCUCCCCAUGAUGAAAUCACAAAGGCCAUCCUUAGUGGAUCUCCAUUGAAACAGCACCGAGGAUCUGGCUGCAUCACUCCUUGAGCAGUAUUUCCAGGACCUGGCACGUGUCACUGUACUCCUGUGGCCCACUGCAACAUGCCCAGGAUUUUGGAGGUCCCUGUGGCCAGAGGAUGAGAGCCAACUUUCCAAGUCUAGUCGGGAUCAACUCAGGCCACUAGCCACUGUGUUUUCACCAAAAGAAAACCUUCUGGGAACUGUGUGUGGAUCAGGUGCCAUUCCCACCUGGACAGGACCAUGGGAAAUGUGGCCCAAGACACCUUCCCACCACCUGGAGGACACACUCAGACCAGUACAAAAGCACCACUGUGCCACUAUCAUGGAGAAACCCUCUGGGAACUGUGUGUGGAUCAGGCGCCAUUGCCACCCGGACCCAGGUCCAUGGGAAACAUGGCCCAGGACACCUUCCCACCACCUGGAGGACACACUCAGACCAGUACAAAAGCACCACUGUCCCACUGUCACUGAGGAACCUUCUGAGAACUGUGUGUGGAUCAGGCGCCAUCCCCACCUGGACCCAGGACCAUGGGAAAUGUGGCCAAGGACACCUUCCCACCACCUGGAGGACACACUCAGACCAGUACAAAAGCACCACUGUGCCACCAUCACUGAGAAACCUUCUGAGAACUGUGUGUGGAUCAGGCGCCAUCCCCACCUGGACCCAGUACCACAGGAAACAUGGCCCAGGACACCUUCCCACCACCUGGAGGACAAACUCAGACCAGUACAAAAGCACCACUGUGCCACCCUCACUGAGAAACCUUCUGGGAACUGUAUGUGGAUCAGGCGCCAUUGCCACCGGGACCCAGGACCAUGGGAAAUGUGGCCCAGGACACGUUCCCGCCACCUGGAGGACACACUCAGACCCGUAAGAAAGCACCACUGUGCCACCAUCACUGAGGGAAGAAGUGGUUGUAGUAAAAGAUGAAUAAAAAUAUGUGCCAUCCUCCAGAUGCACAGGCAGCAUUUCAAAGGCAUCCAGACCACAGAUGUCCCUUACCCUCCAUGAGGAUGGCCUCUUCAUCCCUGCUGAGUGGAGAGGAUCCUUGGGCCAAUCAAGCCCUGGUCAGAGGUGGAGUGGCUGCAUCUGCCAAGUGUGUUCCUGGUCAGCUUCAGGCAGCUGAAUGUGCAAGGCUUUGCUGCUACUGCUGGCCUCUGUCUCCCUGCUCACAGACCACAGAGAGGCCCAUGUGGUCUGGGAGCGAAGGUCUCAGGUGCUCCUCCAUGCAGGCCAUUGAGAACCUGCUCUAAUCUUCUCCACCUUCCCCAAGUCUUCCACAGCAAUGUGUGUUUGUUUUAUAAUAAAAUAAAAAAAUAA